AUGGCUACGAUAAAUGAUUUACCUACAGAAUUGAUAGACAUCAUUCUUGGCAAUGACAUCAGUAUUGAAGAUGUUAUUAAUUUUAAAUCAACAUGCAGACAAUUUUGGUUGGCACCACCAUACAAAAAGGAUUGGGAAAAAAAGUUUUCAAAGAGGUGGCCUUCUGCGAAAAAACUUUAUGAUAAGAAAUCCAAGGAAAAGCAAGAAUCUGCAGGGAAUGAAAAGAAUAAUGAAGAAAGUUUAAGCUUUAUAGAAGCAGGAACUAAUUGUGUAAAACAAUUACGAAAUGUCGUGUCCGAAUUAAUAAAUAACUGUAAUGAUAGUUGUUUGAUUGAUAAUUUCACAAGUUUUGAGCACGUAUUUUAUUUGAAAAGUAAACAUUUGAAUGACAUGAUUACCAAGCCUGAGAAUUUCAUGACUAUUUCUUUCUUUGUGGAUGAGAUGAAACAUAUGCUUACGCAAUCUCUACGGGGAGCUGAUUGCGAUCUGACGAAAAGAUAUUGCAUUAAAAACAUGUUUUGCUAUCUGAGACAACAUUCGACGAGAGAAAAGUGGGAAAUAUUUAAAAAACAACCUCAGAGAGAGCAGCUUUUAGAACGGUGCGCUACUAUUUUUGCCCAAUGGCUUCAACCAGAAAAAGAUAUUUUUUUCUCGAAGAUGAAAACAUCACUAAAUAAUGUAACACAAGGGGCGCUGAAAUGUCUCGCGGAAAAGCAUCCUGAUCAUCCCAUAUUCUCGACAUCCUCUGAGAUUUUUUCCUAUUGGGAAAAUAACAAUAUCGACAAUAAUUAUUGGAACGAAACGGAAGGAACUAAGAUUAUGGAUACACUCCAGGAAUAUAUAUUGGACCAAUUACACUUUCUACCAAACAAAUCGAAAGACUCUAAAUUGGAAUACACAUGUAUAGAUAAUGUCCUGGAAAAUAAAUAUGGUCAAGAAAUUAUUUUAGCAAUAAUAUAUCAUAGCAUCGCUAGGAGACUUGGUUUGCGUUGCGACGUAAUUAAAUUGUCUACAUAUACCUUUGGUACUCUUAUCUGUAUAUUUUGGAAACCAAAUUAUACUACUAUUGGCUUAGAAAAUGCAAGAUGUUUCAAUAUAAUAUCUGCCAAUUUUCCGGAUUGUAUUGACAAUAAAUUGUCGUUAUGCAGAAUGUUGUAUCCAGCACACGAAUCCAUUUUAACUAUUCCAGCUGAAGAGAUGCUGGUAGAUAUGCUGGAAAUACUUGUGAAUAUGAAGAACUGGUCUAAUAAAACUUUGAUGAUCAUGCCGCGUGAAAUAGACCACUUAAUUAUUACGGAUGAAAAAAUGAUUCACUAACUUUAACAACUGGACGGAUAGAAAAUAGUGAAAUAGGCCGAUAUUUUUCUAAAUUUGAAGAGACGCAUUACGUACCGAACCAA